AUGGCCAACGCCUCACCCUUCGCCCCCUCAUUUCCCCGUAAUCACCUCCUUACCCCUCCCUCUUCCCGCCCUCUCCUCCCCAAACCGCCCCUCACUCUUUCUACUCAUCCCAUUUCAUCAUCAUCAUCCUCAUCAUCCCUCCAUGCACUAGGGAAGAAUUACCAUUCUUUCCCUCGACGACCAACCAAGGCGACGGAGGUCUCGGUUGCGGAAACGGAGAACUGGGUGCCGGUGGUGCCGCUGGCGGCGCUUCCCAAAGGAGAGCGGCGCGUGAUAGUUCAGGACGGAGAGGCCAUACUGCUGCUGUGGUACAAGGACCAAGUCUUCGCCAUUGAGAAUCGCUCGCCGGCGGAAGGUGCCUACAGUGAAGGCCUCCUCAAUGCCAAGCUCACUCAGGACGGGUGUAUUGUGUGUCCAUCAACUGAUAGCACAUUUGAUCUUCGGAGUGGCGCCGUCAAGGAUUGGUACCCGAAAAACCCGGUGCUGAGAGCUCUCACACCGGCUUUGAGGACUCUUUAUAUUUAUCCUUGCAAGACUGAUGAGAAGAACAUCUACAUUAGCCUCGAAGACGGAACAAUAAAUUCUGAUGCAGCUGCCGAGAUUGUGUUCAGCGGCAAGGCUCAACCUGGUGUCACUGCUUCUGAUGUUAAUAUCGAGGAGGUGAAAAUGGUGGUUGAUGAGAGCUUAGAAGGAGGGGCGUUUGGUUUCACAAGGAGGAAUGAAAUAAUAAAUGGGAAGGCAGCUACGAUUGGGUUCCUCUUGUUAUUAGAUAUUGAGCUCUUGACUGGUAAAGGACUUCUUAAGGGAACUGGCUUCUUGGACUUUAUUUAUUCUGUUUCAAAUGCUCUCCAGUAGAAAAAUUGAACAAAGUACUUGAGCAAGGAAGGUGAACUAAAGUGGGUGUUUACUCGGUUAUUAUACACAUAAGAUAUACAUUUUGAUGUUUAAGCUCCUUUUGAUUGAUUUGUAAAAGUGUGGAUAUGCUUGAUUGAAUAUGUUAUUGUAAAGUUACUGGAAAUUAGACC